GCCCUCCCAUUUAUUUGCAAUAGGUUUUGAACAAAGUAGUCAGCUAAUGAGUCAAAAUAACAAUAGAUUCAGUUUGUUCACCAAAAAAUAAAAGUAAAAAAUAGAUUCAGUUUUUAAUACCCGGCCCAAAAAAAAGAGAGAAAGAUUCAGACAAGAAUCUGCUCUACAUUUUGUCCAAAAAAAAAAAAAGAAGAAUCUGCUCUACAUGGCAGUUUGCAAUGGCUUCCGAGUUUGCAAGCAUGUUGUGUGGUGUUUCCUCCUUGGAAUGACGGUGGCAGAUGCUAUCACAAUAUUCAAGUCCGUUGUUCCCAUGAGUAUGAGCUUCAUUAACCUUUCUUCUCUGUCUCUUGCUCUGCAAGAAAGAAGAGCCUUCAGUUCAUAUUCACAGGAUUUUGUAAGUUCAAUGAUUUCUGAAUGAAGGCUCACCCCUACAUGAAGAGUGAUAUCAAAGAGUUGGAUAAGCUUUUUUUCUUUAAUAUCCAGUCAAGAUGUGGGUCUAAAAGUUUAAUAUAACACUGAAUUUUUGUUGCUCCUCCUCCAACCGAAUCCUUACAAGCCUUUGAAACGAGUAGCAACAAAGAGACUAUCUUCCCCCUAACUUGUUUGCUUUUGAGAAAAAAUGGCAUCAACUUUGAUCUAUCGUGCUUCACGUAGGUUUCUCAAAUAUUCUUUCCCUUCUACGGGCCUCUCCAUACAAUAUCAUUCCCCUUCCCUCUUCAAUCCUUUAAUCUCCACUGAACCAUCUAUAAGCAUAAACCACAACUUCUAUCCUUCACUCUGUCCAUUUGGGCAAUCCCACUAUCAGGAUUCUAAAUUUGAAUAUUUUAAAACUGUUCGAUCUCUCUCAAAUUUUCAGCUUGUUCAGCACAUCUCUACAUCACCUUCUAGUUUAAAAGAGUGGUCAAAGGGAAAUAAGAAUCAAAGUGGCAAUGUGAGUAAAGCAAAUAUCUCUUGGAUCGAUUUGUACUUGCCUAGGCAGGUUCAGCCCUAUGCACAGCUUGCUCGCCUAGAUAAGCCCAUUGGGACAUGGUUGCUUCUAUGGCCUUGUAUGUGGUCAAUUACGUUGGCUGCAACUCCAGGACAGCUGCCUGAUUUUAAAAUGUUGGCAUUGUUUGGAUGUGGGGCUUUGCUUUUGAGGGGUGCUGGGUGUACUAUUAAUGAUAUCCUUGAUCGUGACAUUGAUACAAAGGUAGAACGAACAAAGUCAAGGCCUAUGGCAAGUGGUCUUUUGACACCAUUUCAGGGACUUUGUUUUCUUGGUAUUCAGUUAACUUUGGGUCUUGGGAUUCUUCUGCAACUGAAUUAUUAUAGCCGUGUUCUGGGUGCCUCAUCCUUGUUGUUUGUCUUUUCUUAUCCCCUCAUGAAGAGGUUUACAUUCUGGCCCCAGGCCUAUCUCGGGUUGACCUUUAAUUGGGGCGCUUUGUUAGGAUGGGCAGCAAUUAGAGGAAGUCUAGAUCCAAGAAUAGUGCUGCCACUUUAUGUCUCUGGAGUUUUUUGGACACUUGUUUAUGAUACAAUCUAUGCUCACCAGGACAAAGAAGAUGACCUGAAAGUGGGAGUUAAGUCAACUGCUUUGCACUUUGGUGAUUUUACAAAGGAGUGGAUUACUGGGUUUGGGAUUGCAUGCCUGGGUGGUCUUGCCCUCAGUGGCUAUAAUGCUGAAAUAGGCUGGCCAUAUUAUGCAUUUCUGGCAGCUGCAUCUGGACAACUAGGCUGGCAAAUAUGGACAGUUGACCUCUCAUCACGUGCUGAUUGCAAUUGCAAAUUUAAUUCAAACAAGUGGUUUGGAGCUAUCAUAUUUGGUGGAAUCCUAGCUGGAAAACUUGUAUCAUAGGGGGCAUUUUUCAUGAAGGAAAAAUUAGUCACCGAAAAACCAAAAAUUCAACAGACGAGAGACAAGGUUGAAUGCCAUUAGAAGGUACAUGGUUUCUUGGUAUUCAUGUUGCAAUUUUAGUAGUUUGAAAUCUUAAACCAAUGGUGUGCCAAUGUUGAAUAUUUGGCUGUACAUGAUGCAUUGUUGUUUCAUCCAAUCUAAGGAGUAAGUCUAUGAUCCUAAGAUCAGAUCAUUCUAAGCAUCUUGCAUUUUUAAUUUGGUGGAUUAUGAAGCUUCCUCUUGGUGAUUUAUCUUUGUAGGACACUAGUUUAUUUGCUGAAAUCAUACUUAGGAUAUAUUUGAUUGCAAGUAAAACUGGAGUAGAAAUUUUCAUGGAUGAAUUUGAUAUGUGAAAUUGCACAUGGACUUCAUCCUUGAAAAUUUCACCCCAUUUUUACUUACAACUAAACAUACUCUCCAGGUGUGGUUGUCUGUUGAGGGAAAGGAAGGGAAGGAAAUGGUUUGAAGGAUAGAAUGGAGUUAUAUCAAGUUCCUCUAUCCUCUCUUUCUCUUCAAAAUCUCAACUCACAAACACGCUAUUAGUGAGAAGGAGGAGGAGAAGAGAAAAUGUUGGAACAUUCAAGUUCAACUGCCAAGACUGAUUAUGAAAGGCAGAGAAAAAGGCCAACACUUAUUUACACUUUGUGAUCACCUGAACUGAAAGGUUAGAACACAUGUUGCUGUAAAAGGCCAACUAUGCAGAAGAAGAAUAUCCAUGCAAAAUAUUUCCUACUCCUACCAGUUUUCCCUCUGAACCCCUGGACUUCUUACUCGAUUUUUGGUGCUUUCCGCCACCUUGACUGCUGAGAAUUCCAAUUCUCCCUAUCCCUUUGGAGAGGGAGUUCAAGAAUGUUCUUCCAUUUCCUCCUUUAUCAAUCAUGCCUUGUUUCAUGAACAUCUGCUCCUUUUCUAACUCACUUAGCCUCAUCCUCAUCCUCGAAAUCUCUAGCUUCAGCUCCCGGAUCUCUCCUCGCAGAGAAGCGUAGUUAUCUCUUGGGGACAUAGCAGUACUUGGAAUGCCACUGCUUAUUCUCUGUGACAGUAGGCCAUCUCUUGAACUCCCUGACACUGCAUUCUUCAACUGUAGUUGCUCGCAGUACAGGACUUGCACCACCAUCUGCAGUUGAAGUCUAUCAUUUUGUGAUGGCUUUGUUAAAAUUGUGUUGAAAAUUUUGUUAAUCUUAGUUAAAUCUUGUUAAUUUUUGUUAAAGCUUGUUAAUUUUUAUGCUAACAUAAAUUGAGUUCUGUUGGUUUGAGUGUUAGAUAAUCAAAAUAUAGAUGUUAA